GGAGAUGUAGAUACCAGUCCCAACUCUCACCAUCACGUCACCUGAGUCUCUUUCCUCCUCCCGCUCCGUUUCCCUUUCCCUUGCCUUUCCUCUCCUUUUUUCCUCUGACCGUCGUCACUCGCUGUCGGUGUCGCUGCGGAACCCUCUUGCCAUCGCUUCUCACAAUCCUAAUCCCUGGCGGGUGGUAUCAGCGCGACUUCCCUUCGUUUCGUGUCAGCUUUCUGCGUCGUGCCUGCCGGAAUCGCUCGGAUUGUCUGUUGCGCAGGGUCGCGCUCUCCAGUUUCAGUGGUUGUCGGUGACGCGACGCGCUUUCCGUUUUGAUCCAGUAGAAGCUUGGAAUUGUCGUGAAAUUGGGAAGGAGCGAUAGAUUCUAGGCAUACACCAUGGUAAAUAUCUCCACCGCGCUGCUCGCGCUCUCCACCCUCGCCGGCUGCGCCUAUGCUGUCAACCCGGUCGUUAUCAAAGGAAAGGAAUUCGUGGAUACGAAGACGAACAACAGAGUGCAAAUCAUCGGCGUCGACUAUCAGCCCGGCGGACAGGCCGCAUACAAUCCAGAGGUCAAGGCGGAUGCGCUGAGCAACGGCACGGUGUGUUUGAGGGACGCUGCCCUUCUGCAGAUGUUAGGUGUCAACACGAUACGUGUGUACAACGUUAAUCCAGACGCCAACCACGACGACUGCGCGAGCAUCUUCAACACUGCUGGCAUCUAUAUGAUCCUUGACGUGAACUCGCCCGACGCCAGCAUAAACCGCGCCGCACCUUGGACUUCGUAUACGCUCGAUUACUUGACCCGAAUCUUCGGCGUUGUCGAGGCUUUCAAGAACUAUCCCAAUACCAUGGCCUUCUUCUCCGCGAACGAGGUUAUGAACGAUGUUGAGACAGGCAACAUCAACCCGCCGUAUAUCAGAGCAGUCCAGCGAGAUCUCCGUGCGUACAUUGCCAAGCAGUCCAGCCGUACUAUUCCGGUCGGUUACUCUGCAGCGGACGUCCGUGAAAUUCUUCAAGACACAUGGAACUACCUGCAAUGCGGUGGAAACUCGACACUUACAGACUCAAGCUCCGAAAUGUUUGGCUUGAACUCGUACUCGUGGUGCGGUGCCGACGCGACGUACACCUCCUCCGGCUACGACCAGCUCGUUGCCAUGUUCAGCAACACGUCGAUACCCGUCUUCUUCUCCGAGUACGGCUGCAACAAGCCCUCCGGCGUGCCUCGCGUGUUCAACGAGGUCCAGGCUCUGUACGGAACUCAGAUGACCGGCUUGAGUGGUGGCCUUGUUUACGAAUAUUCAGAGGAGGCAAGCGACUACGGGCUCGUCGUCAUCAAUGACAAUGGCACCGUCACGCUGCGCGCCGACUAUAACAACUUGCAGGGCCAGUACAACAAGCUUGACGUCAAGCUGCUGGAAAACAGCGCUGCCACAGACUCUCAGACCACACCUCCGACUUGCGAUCCGAGUCUCAUCACAACAUCUAAUUUCAGCACCACAUGGGUUCUUCCCGACCAGCCGUCUGGGGCGGCAGACCUGAUCAACAACGGCAUCCCGAAUCCGAACCAGGGCAAGAUCGUCGACGUGACCAACCUCGAUGUUAGCAUACCCGUGUACAACGCCAACGGUGUCAGACUGGGUGGAAUCAAAGUCACGGCCCGGUCUGACGCGAAUACACCUUCAGGAACAAACACGAGUGCGAACACGGCAACGGGCACAGAUAGCAGCGGAACCGCCAGCCCGAGUGCGACAAAGAAGGCUGCAGCAGUCAGAGUAGGUGCAAAUCUUCUGAGCGUCGUCGUGUUGGUGGUUGCUGCAGUUGCCGUGCUGUAAAUUCAGAUUUUGUUUUCCCUUGGGUGCUAAUGUGUAGUUGAUUCGAAUGUAUAUAUUGAUGUGCAUGGGAAUACGCCCCAGCUAUUCGUUGAGCUGGCGCCCUGCAUAGACGCCCUUUUUUCCAUUCUCUUUGAAAAGUCUUGCAGUGAGCAUGUACGCUAGAGUUGACAAUGUCCAUGUCCUUAUCUUCUACCAACCUUCCAGCAAUAUCUCUUUUGGCGGGUGCGCCCUUGCAGCAGAUCAGGGCAGCUGCUGUAUCCGCUGUUCGACCCAGUCGAAGCCUUUGCGCUGAAUCUCCCACGUCCGGCUACCCUUGACCAUUUUUCCGGCAAAGGUGUGCUCCUCGCCGGGGACCUCGAUGAGGAC